ACAUGCGUUCUGACAGAUCCUUCUAAAGCGGACAACGUCCACCUUUUAUAGCGGUCAAAUCAAGCAUAUAAUUUCUCGUUUGGGAUACUCAUCGACUCAGAAAGCAAGCUUUACAGUGGACCAUCUGCUGGCAUCAGCUGCAACAGGACUACUGCACAGGGCAUGGUUUCCGUCGCUCCUUCUCUUCCCUUAUCCGUUUUCCGGCAGAGAAGGGAGUGAGGAAAGCUGGAGAGGAGAGAACGCACCGCGGCCUUGGGCUUUGUGUUUGGUGCUUGUUCUUGUUCUGUGCUCAGGGUAUGUUUUGGCCGCUUGCCUGUCUGCACUGAACAAGAGUUCAAAAGUCCUCACUGAGUCACCGUUGCCGUCUGGAGAGACAGUGUGGUAUACUGCCUCGCUCACCAGUACAGUCUACAACACUGAGGAGUAUCGAGGACUGAGGAGUUCACCAUGACACACAUCAACAGUCCCCCGUUACUGAUGCCACAGCACUGAACUCAUCCGCCUUCACCAUGUCUGAGUAUCCAGAAGGAGACAGUCCUCUUCUUCAGCUGCAGGAAGUGGACUCAGGCCGAGUGGGAGGUCACGUCCUCUCCCCCAUCUUCAACUCAUCCUCUCCAUCUCUGCCAGUGGAGAAUCACCCAAUCUGCAUCCCAUCGCCCUACACAGACCUUGGCCACGACUUCAGCACUCUGCCCUUUUAUAGUCCCGCUCUGCUGGGGUACAGCACGUCGCCUUUGUCGGACUGCUCGUCUGUGCGCCAGUCGCUAAGCCCGACUUUAUUUUGGCCACCUCACAGCCAUGUUUCCUCACUUACAUUGCAUCAACAACAGACUCGACUACAACAAAACCAUGCUACUAGUGGGAAUUGGACAGAACAUACACCACAUGAUCAUGUUGAAGAGGAAAACAGCAAACCACUUGUGAAGCGGGUAGCAGAUACAGAGGAGACAUCUGUGUCUCUGAGAGGUAAAGCUGACAUGCACUACUGUGCCGUCUGCAGUGAUUACGCCUCUGGAUAUCAUUAUGGCGUGUGGUCGUGUGAAGGCUGCAAAGCCUUCUUCAAGAGGAGUAUACAAGGACACAAUGACUACAUCUGUCCUGCCACAAACCAAUGCACUAUCGACAAGAACCGCCGCAAAAGCUGCCAGGCCUGCCGACUCCGAAAGUGCUAUGAAGUUGGAAUGAUGAAAUGUGGGUUGCGGCGAGAUCGUAGCAGCUACCAACAGAGAGGAGCACAGCAGAAGCGACUGGUCCGAUUCUCUGGCAGAAUGAGAAUAACUGGUCCGAGGUCUCAAGAGAUAAAGAGUGUCCCCCGUCCUCUCAGUGGUAAUGAGGUGGUUCGCAUAUCACUGAGCCCAGAGGAGCUAAUCUCCCGGAUCAUGGAAGCAGAGCCGCCGGAGAUUUACCUCAUGAAAGACAUGAAGAAGCCCUUCACUGAGGCAAACGUCAUGAUGUCACUGACCAACCUGGCCGACAAAGAGCUCGUGCACAUGAUCAGCUGGGCCAAGAAGAUCCCAGGUUUUGUGGAGCUUAGUCUUUUCGAUCAGGUGCAUUUGUUGGAGUGCUGCUGGUUAGAGGUGCUGAUGCUGGGAUUGAUGUGGCGCUCUGUUAAUCACCCUGGAAAGCUCAUUUUCUCUCCAGACCUCUGUCUCAGCAGGGAUGAAAGCAGCUGUGUGCAGGGGUUGGUGGAGAUCUUUGAUAUGCUGCUGGCAGCCACGUCCAGAUUCAGAGAGCUGAAGUUACAGAGAGAAGAGUAUGUGUGUCUCAAAGCCAUGAUCCUCCUGAACUCCAACAUGUGUCUGGGCUCGUCUGAGGGAGGAGAAGAUCUGCAGAGCCGCUCCAAGCUGCUGUGUCUGCUGGACUCGGUGACUGACGCUCUGGUUUGGGCCAUCUCGAAGACUGGCCUGAGCUUCCAGCAGCGCUCCACCAGACUGGCCCAUCUGCUCAUGCUGCUCUCACACAUACGCCACGUCAGUAACAAAGGCAUGGACCACCUGCACUGCAUGAAGAUGAAGAAGAUGGUUCCUCUGUAUGACCUGCUCCUGGAGAUGCUGGACGCUCACAUCAUGCACAGCUCCCGUUUGUCUCACUCCAGCCCUCGAGCGCCUGCUGCUCACAAAGACAACAAGAGUGUCCAGGACGCCUUUCCCUGCAGCUCACAUCACGGGCCCUAAACACGGCCCUCACAGACACAGUACUUAAGGAUGAUCUGUAGUUUCGGGAGGAUGGACAACAAAAACACCCAUAUAAAAGCAAGCAGUAGGAUUUCACAAGACGAAAAGCAUCAUGGAUAUCUUGAAUGUUUUUCCUGUUUUCAAAUGUUGGCAAUUGCUGUGAAAUCUCUUUGUUGUUUCCACACAACUCUGACAACUUUUUUUAUGAUUUUAUGUAGCUGAACCGCAAAGAAAAAAGAAAAGAAAUGAAUAGCCACAUUGGAUUAUGGAUUUCAAGAGAUUUUUGGAAAUUUCAUCGCACGGUGAACCAGUAGACAAAUAAUUUCAGACAUUAUAUGCAUAAUGAAGGCCAUCUGGUAGGAGAAAACCAAGUAAACCAAACAUGCCCACCUCCAUUUAAAAGAAAAAACCCAGUUCAAACUCCAUUAAGAAAGUAUAUUGGUGCCGUGACCCGGAUGACAGUAGGUUUUAGUAAAUCUGUCAUCUCUGGCCUCGAGAGACUGUGACUUUUAGCAUUAGCCUUGUUAGCAGCCUGCCGCUCAAAUACUCACCAGUUCAGAUUCCGCUGUAAGUCGGAUGGGGUUAUGAUGUCCAUGAGUAUUUUAGCCUCAUUUUCAUGAAAUCCGUGACAACGUGGACAUGAGCAGUGUACUAUCUCUACUUUUUCUCUUUCUUACAUAAGCUUGCUACUUUCACAUUCUGUAAAAUGAAACAAAAUGUAGUAAACUCAUUACUAUUGACAAUACUGGCAGUAAGAGCAGAUCUGAUUUAGUCCCUGGUAAAUGGACAGAAUUAUUCUUGAUAGAUGAGACUGUAUGCAGGAUUAUAUGCAGAGUGAACAGAUCAUAUUCUGGACUGAAGGCAAGCAGUAUUUUAGACUGUCAGAGCAAAAAAAUGAAUUCUGAAUGAAUGAAUGUCAGCCGGAUGUUUCAUUUACAUCUAUUGUUUUUGAGAAAUGUCACCAUUGCAAAAUGGCCUUGUGCACAUUUUAGUGAUUAAUUCUGUUCUGCAAACAGUCAUUUACGUACUGGAGUGACAGCCGCAUUUUACAGCCAGGGCCGUGACCAUAUCUUGAUCACUGGAGGGUUUGUGUUAGAAACUAUUAAUUAGGAAAUUCCAGGUCUACUUCUAGUGGAAAGGUAUUUGCACAAAAACAAACAAAAAAAAACAACUUUCAUUUCAUUUAAAUUCACUUUCAUUUGUACACCUCAUAUGUCGUUAGAAAAGACAAUAAUUAGGUAAAUAACAUCAAUUCAACAUGAUGAAAUCUGAGUUAAAAGCAUUACUGUUGGCUAAUGAAUACUUAUACCAUAAAACCCACACGCUCUUUUGUUUUAGAACAAAUCUGUUGUUGUGAACCAUAAACCCUGCCUUCUCUAAAUUGAUUGAUCAUUUUGAUAUUGAAUGGACCAGCCUGAAAGUUUUAAAUAUAUUGUCAUUCUAAUAAUGUUACGCAUGUAAAAACUGGGGGACAGUUUGUGAGUCAUGGGUCACCUUAACAUUUAUGGUGGUUAUGGCUCUGUCUAAAUAAACUAAAUUAACUCGUUAAAAAGUAGGUAGUGACAAGCGCAUUUAGAAAAAAACUCUAUGCACUGUAUAUGGAACCAGUCAUUUCACUCACUUCAUGCAGCCAUCUUUGAAAUGCUUUUCAGGCAGCUAUUUCCAUCAUGCAGCUCAUCAACUUUUCCUAACUCAUUCACUAGGUUCACUUAUUCACUACAAUUAUGUUUCAUAUUUGAAAUCAUCAAAGAAAUAUGACGACUGUCUUCUAUUCGUUGUUUUUUUAAACUGUAAAUAAGCCUAAAAAGCUUAUCAAGCGAAGAUUUUUCUGCUGCCCAUUGCCCUUUUCCCCCUCAUUCAAAAAUAAUUUCAUUCACUGAAUUAGUUGUUAUUAAAUCAAAGCAUGCAUCUCUACACUCUUCUGUAAGUUAAGAGCAGAUGAAAACACAAGGAAUGAGGAACAAGGAACACCAACUAAUUUGUUAUUAGAGCUUGCAAAAACAAAACAAAGAACAACCCUUAAUAAACCAGUCCAAAUACAUUAGUCUGAAAAUAAUGCAAAAAUGUUGUGACCUGGAUUAUGCUCCCUUAAUAAGCCAGGUCUAAACUACAAGCCCAAGGGUCCCUGGAUUGUUCAUCCGCCAAUCAUCUUCAACAAAAACAAUGCUUAAAGUGUGGUAAUUAGGGCUGCACGAUGUAGGAAAAAUCUGACGUUGCGAUAUUUUAUUUUUAAUAAUAAAAAUAAAUAUUUUUAUUUAGGCACAGAAAUUUAUAUUUUAUUCGGGUACAGAAAUUGAAUAACCACAAUGAAAAAAAAAAAAAAAGAUUUUACUUUGUUUUGUAUUGUUUCCAGUCCAAACAUCAAAAUUUCUUAGAGCAAGUAAAAUAUUGUUUUGUUUUCACCGUCAGAAGACAUAAGAAAAAUUUUUGAGAUUUUCCUUAAAACAAGCCAAGUUAUCUUCCAGUGGCGUAAGCAAAAUAAUCUUGUUUUCACUUUGAAGUGUAGAUAUUGGGACUAAAAACAAGACAAAUUUUUUUUUUCAUAUAAAUUCUACAUAAAUACAGUGAUUAAAUAAAAUUCUGUGGCUCUUGCUAUAAUUCAGAAUCAACAUUGCAUAUAUUUGCGAUAUGACUAUUGCGUAUGCGCACACUGCGAUAUCGAUCCUAAACCGAUAUAUUGUACAACUCUAGUGAUAACCAUUGAUUAAUUGACUGCACUGUUGACAUAUUAGUAAAUAGCGCACCUGUUUGCUACAUAUACAUAUGAUAUUUAAAUAAUAAUGAGGACAGGACCCCGUUGUCAAUUACUCCAUAUCGAAUACCAAACAGGUUAUUAGCGUUACCUCAGUUGCAAUUUUGGGAGUUAGCAGUGUUCCAGACUUAAGCUGCGGUCACACUGGGCUUUGUGUGUGCAAAAUUCUGUCGUACGAUGCUGCGAAAAGGGGUGGGAUUAAACUAGCUGAUUAGACAUUUAAAAGAGCGAGCGUUCUGUUCAGAGAGGUCAUGUUCUGAUCCUCGAUGGUCUCACACAGUCAAGCGAUGCGAUUUCGCAGGUCAGAGUUCACCAAGCUUAAACUUUGCACCGCAGCAACCUGCGAAACUUAAUGCAUGACCCUGCGUUUCCGGUCUGACGCAUUCGCGUGCGUAUGAAUGGAAGUCCAUGGGAGGAAAGGUCAAGUGUGACCGCAGCUUAACAAUGAAGAAUGAUUUAGGGCUGGGGUGUCCAAACUUGGUCCUGCUGAGUUUAGCUCCAACUUGCCUUAACACACCUGUCAGGAAGUUUUUAGUAUGUCUAGUAAGAGCUUAAUUAGCUGGUUCAGGUGUGUUUUAUUAGGGUUGGAGCUAAACUCUCCAGGACACCGACCCUCCAGGACUGAGUUUGCACACCCUUGUUUAAAGGGAUUCACUCCUGUAUAAAUGCGGUUGUUACUCCUGAAAUGAUACAGCGUGUGUGUGUGGCAAAGAAAACAAAACAAUCUAUCUGCCUUUUCAUUCUGUGAACAACCUUUAACACCAUAAAGGCCUUGUGCAAAACAUUUUCUAGGCACAAUUCAUCAACGUACUCCACUGUGAAAAGCGUUCUGUUUGCAAGAUGCUCCACAACUACCAAAAUGACUCGUUGUUGCACUUUACAAGUUCUCAAAUAUCUGGAGCCUUCGUUUGAGAAUCCAAAAAGCCCAAAUAUUGCAGUGCCUACAGUGAUGAUUUUACUUUCUGUCUUUUUGUGUAUCCUAAUAAGGACAAAUAUUACUGUAGAAGCAUAAGCAUUCAAUUUAGAAAGAUAGAUUUUGAUAAACGCACAAAUGCAGGCAAACUAUUUAUAAAUGUUUCUGUAUCCGCUGGCAGCCAUCCGAAUUGUAACUUUGUUUUGAAAAGAAGUGCCAAUAUCGAUUUCAGAGGUUUUUGUAAACUGGUAAGAGCUAAAGAGCAGCUGUAAAGCAGUUUAGUUGAAGAAAACAAUGUUUAUUUUUAAACACAAAACAAAUGUUUAAUUUGUAAAAUGUUUUCAAAGUUGACUUUCUGUACACACGUCUUUGUGUUCGACUUUGCAACGCAUAUGUAACAAUGUGUUAUUUACACUUGGGUGAAUUAAAAUGUUUUAAAUGUG